AUGAAUAAGUCAAAAAAUUUAGAGACUAUUAACACAGCCGAGGAAAAUAUACUGCAACUACAACUACUACAAGUAUUACCAGGUUUAAGUGCAGCACCAUCUAAGAUGACACAGGACGAGAUAGUUACAUCGAAUGUUGUAUACGAGUCAGCGCACGGCAUCCUAAGCAAAGGCAUGAGCGAAGUCAGUGCGAGGGUAUUGAUUUUCCUGCGCUCGUCGCUGCGCGCGGCCGCUUCUGGGCCGGUGCGGGAGUGCACGGCGCGCGCGCGCGCUCGCGAACUGCUUCGCUGCAGCGGCUGCCUGCAGGACAUGCUCCAAAUGUUUCUUACUACAAAAACUAUGCUGCGUGCAGCUCUAGAAUUUGAGACGACGAAGCUACCGUUUCCCGACGCCCCCGACUCCCCCGAGACACAGCUGCGAUGCCACAGGGCACAGAGAUGCGUUAUUUGGGAACUCCUAAGACCGGACGGACUUUUGCAGAGUAAAGAAAACUGGAAAGUGAUCUGCGAGUGUCUUGCGGAGUCGUGCAGGGAUUGCCCGGAUAAUCAACGUUACUGCUCUAGCCUGAUUCCCAUUUGCAUACAGCGAAGGGACGAGAUGAAUAACGAAAUUCUUAACCUGCUUUACUGUUUAUUGUUGAACAAUACAACCAAUAUCAAUUUGUUUGUUGAAUGUAACGGUACAUCUAUUUUUACCAAAGACACAAUUCAUGAUAGCUCGAGAAUGGAACUGUUGUCGGUAGUAGUGGAGAAUGCGUCCGCGGCAAAUGUAUUAAAACGCGACUCAGACUUGCUCAACUCCCUUAUUACGGUCGGGGAAGAUUACAAAGUCAACUGUCAAGGAUCUUGGAAGAUGGUAGAAUGGGCGUCAGUGAUUUUGUUCCAUUUAGCAACGCACAUUGAAGGUGUAGACAAUUCAAUAGGGACAACUAUAAACAGAUCGGACUUUGACCUUGAGAUGAGUAUAUCUGAAACAACUUUAAAUAACCUCUCGGUGUCAUUUUUAUUGAAACCAAACUGGGAAAAAGUUAAAUCCAGCAAAUUAUUCAAAAAUGCCACGACUCAGGAUAAAAUAAAGGACCAUGACUCGCAAUGCUCUACGAAGGCUAUAAAAGGUUUUUCUUUUAAGGCUCUUAGCGACGAGCCAAUAAGUUUUCGUUCGAGCACAAAAGAGUUCUCACCCAAAUUUGUAUCGACUCCAAAAAAAAGGAUUACAACUACACACGGAAUGCAAGUGGCUGAAUUGAGUAAAGAACUAAUAAACAGGACAGAGCAAAAAAGUAAUGAUGUUACACAACGGAAGCCUUGUGGAAAUAAUUCAGCUUCAAUUAUAAAGAAAACGUUAUCAACGAGUGCUCGUUUGUUAAGCAUUGUGAACAAUUCUUGCGUAUCAAUUUAUCAUACGAUAGGAACUAUUUUCUGUCACAAAGCAGAAGAUACAAAUUCCAGAAGUCUUUUAAAGCAAAAGUACAAAAUUGACGAGGGAACGAUGAAUAAAUUUACUAAAUAUUUGAAACAGAGAGUUGCACACCCUGAUACAAAAGCCCGUGAUAAUUUAAACGUUCAAAAACAAGACAAACGAAAAUUAGCUAUUAAACGAAAAUUCCGAAAGAGCAUAGUAAAGAAACUAAAAACUGGAAUACAUUUUUAUGGUUGUAAUUUUAAGAAGAUAGCUCAAGCCAUGUGGUCGCAAGAAAAGGAAAUAACGCCCAAGGUGCUGUAUAAUAUUUAUAGAAAGUAUAUACUCAAGUGAACGUUUGUUAACCAAGUUUUUUUUUCUUCAAAA